AUGCUUGGAGGUGGAUGGCCAGGUGAACUGAUUAGCCCAGUAGGAUUGAAAAGAAAUCAUUGGUGGGAUGGAGAUAAUCCAGGUUAUACAAACCUAUUGCCCAAUCAAUCUAUUGUAAGCAGCUCGGAUAAAAAUAAUAUCAAUGUCAAUGAUUUUAUUUUUUAUCAUCCAUGGGAAGGUGAUGGAAUGCUCUGCUUCAAAAAAAUUAUUCUUUACAGACAAAGUAGCAUCGUCGGAGAAUGGGAUACUUAUAAAGGAAGCAAUUGA